UCUGAAAAAGCCUACUUUUAUAUUUCUCUUAUUCUAAAAUGUUGGUACAAAGAUGAAUUUGCAGAUGCGAUGAUUAAUGAUGAGCCAUUUGUUAGAGAAAAGUCAUUGGAAGACAACAUACAAACUACAGCAAAAGCAAUUAGCUAUAAACAAUCAAUUAAAGGAUCAUUACUUGGACUUGCUCAUAAAUAUGUAGAAUUGUUUAAUUAUGAUGAUUUGAAUGAUUCAGACAUUUUAAUGGAAAUAUUUAAAGAAUGGAUGCAUAUACAUGAGAAAGGACAAUGUAACAAACAAACCAUAGAACAGAACAAUCAAGUAAUUGAAUCUGAUCAAGAUACCGAAACUACACAACUAGAUAUUCAGAAUCCACUUAAACAUAUUAGAAAAGGGUGUCCUCCUAAAAGACAAAUAAAAUCAGCAAUUGAACAAUCAAAAAAAAGUAAACAUUCAGCUGAUACUUCGUCCUGUGCUUCUCGUCAGUGUAGUAUUUGCAAAA